AUGGCUGAAAAAGCUUGUGUCAAACGCCUUCAAAAGGAGUUUAGAGCGCUCUGUAAAGAGCCUGUAUCUCAUGUAGUUGCUCGCCCCUCUCCAAAAAUUCUUGAAUGGUAUUAUGUACUUGAGGGAAGUGAAGGAACACCGUUUGCAGGUGGAUAUUAUUAUGGGAGGAUCACGUUUCCAUCUGAAUAUCCAUUUAAGCCACCAUCGAUCAGGAUGACGACUCCCAAUGGGCGGUUUAUGACUGAUACCAAGAUAUGCUUGUCUAUGAGUGAUUUUCAUCCUGAAAGUUGGAAUCCAAUGUGGUCAGUAUCCAGUAUUCUUACGGGUCUACUCUCAUUCAUGAUGGACAAAAGCCCUACUACAGGAAGCGUUUCAACAUCUGUUGAGGAAAAACAAUGUUUAGCCAAGUCUUCACUUGCCUAUAAUUGUAAAAUUUCUACUUUUAGGAAAUUGUUUCCUGAAUAUGUUGAGAAGUACAACCAGCAGCUUGCUGAGCAAGCUCGAAAAGUGGCAUUGUCAGUGCCCGCACAAGAAGAAUCUUCACUUCUCAAUUCGGAGACACUUAAUAAUAACAUGCAAGAUAAUGCAGCAAAAGCAGAAGAUGGGAACAGAAGAAAUAAUCGUAAGCAAUCUGUGCCGACCUGGAUGCUGUUGUUGCUCUUCUCAAUAUUUGGUUUAGUUAUGUCCUUGCCUCUUCUUGAACACUGAUGUCUCUCCCUAAAUAGGCUCGACCUAAAUGGGUAAAUCUUCAAACUUAAGAUCAUAUAGAUAUGUGAGCUGGUCAAUUUUUCACAUCCAAAAUUUUCCUU